AAAAACCCAAAAAAUGUCGCUUCUGCAAUCGCCAUUGCGUUGGAGUUGCGACCGAUCUCUUCCAGAAACUUUAAACUUUCUUCAUCUAACGCUCGCCGUAAAUCCAUUUAGGACCAAGGUUGGUGAGAGAUUGGGGAUGACAACUGAAUCCAAGGAAGCGACUGAAAAGCCCCAAAUCGACCUUUUCGAAGACGAUGACGAGUUCGAGGAGUUCGUAAUCAAUGAAGGUACACUUCCAAGCUUUAAGACGCCACCCAAAACUUGCAAUCUGCACAUUGCUAGCAAGGGCAAGGCCAUAGGUGAGAGCUCCAGUGUUUUCAAAAAGGCACAUGUCGCACCACCUCAAUACAAAAUAUACCACAUUGCCCAUGUGGAGGAACGAGCCGACGUAAUCGCCACUUGGACUCUACAUAAAGAGAGGGAGGUUGACCUGUUGAAUAUCGAAUACACUGGCGUCGCUGAACUGAAACAUUCUAGGAAGUGGAUGAAAUUUUGUUCCACGCCUCACAAGGUAUAUCUAAUUGCGGUGCAUGAAUUUUUGAAAAAUUUCAACCCAAACAUUCUUGAGGUCGAUGAUGAAGAGGAUGACGAGUAUGCAUUCCAUACUAACGUUCGGGGGGAUGUGGGUACCAUUUAGCCCGGCAGUGAUACAAUAGUAUUAUCAAGUAGUCGAAGGGACAAACAUGCUGGACAUCGAGGAUUGGAACCAAGUUGCUUGCUGUUGCUUUAGUGAAGACAUUCCGCCACAGUGGCCUCGUAGCAACACAGUGAUGCAUAAUGAGCUGAACCUUAAGCUCAAAGUGUUUUACUACAUUCUUGCUUACAACAUUCCCCCUUCCUCCCAUAUGAUCAAGAUUCGUCAUUCGCGGAUGCACUUGCUCUACGCAUUCGCCAUGUGGCACAAUUUGAAUUUCGGUGAGCGUUUUUUUCACGAAAUCCUAGCAUUGGCCCAUACCGAAGGCAAUAAGCGGUGGAUAUGUUUCCCAUAUCUCAUAUCGGUAUUAUGCAAGAAGGCUUGAGUCCCGCUAUCCUCCUCUGAAGUUGAUAAGACAAAGCCCGUCACCAUCGGCCUCGACACAAUCCGUUAGUCCCAAACUCAAAUUGGUUAACACCGGUAUGUGGCACGCUUAGGGGAUGAAGUCAAGGGAGAUGAAGUUGAGAAGAUGAUGGAGCCAGAGGUGCAACCUGCAGUUCGGCUACCACCUUAACGACGAUAGGAGGGGUGAAUUUUGGCCUUGCUCUAGAAGCCAUUCAGAACCUAUUGUAGCAAGAUAGAGCAGACACGUUUAGACAAUUCCACCUCCUACAUGCGGGAUUAGAUGAACUUCGAGCGGACAUUCGCUCCAACCAUGAGGCUAUGAUGACCAUAUUCGCCCAGCUCAUGCAGCCGCGAGACCUGCCACCACCCCCUUCAGUUAACAAUUGAGCAGUUCUCCCUGCUCUCGCACUUUCCAUGUCACUCAGAUACACUCGUUCCUUUUCUUUUUCUUUGAUCCAUUGGGAUAAUGUCUCGUUUAAGUUUUAGGGGAGGUUUAUUUCUUUCUAGUGUUCGUUUUAGUGUGUUGUGCUUAGUGUGGCUUGUUUGCAUGCUAUAUAAAAAAAUAAUAAUCAUAAUAAAAAAAAAGAUGUUGUUUUGUUGGAUAGGCUUGUCAGCAAUGACGAAACUUACUUGGUACUCUUUUGGUUCAUAGAGUAAAGACGAUGAUACUACUCACUUUGUUUUGCUUACUUAUUUAUCCAUGUGAGACUAAUAUUGAGCACAAUUGUGAGGAGGUUCAUUGCAUAGGUUGAAUACACUUAUUAGGUUGCUAGUUAGACUUUUGCCUUCUAACCAAUUGAGUGAACAAAACUUAAUCACUUAGCCUAACUAGGGGGGAAGUUUGGGGAAGGCUAAGCUAUGGUAGUAUUUAUUUAGAAAUGUGAUGAUUCCGUGCAUGUUGAAAAUUUGUGUGGAGUGUGUUAGGCAUACUAAGGGAAGCUAGGCAAUGACUAGAGGCUAGUGAUCUAAUCCUUGUGUUAUUCUUUCGUGCACAAAAUUAAAAUUGAGCAUGCAUAUAUCUUAUACCUCUCUUUGUAGCCUAGUGACUUGAGGGAUUAAAUCCGUUGGGGUAUCUUGAAACCUGGUGCCCUGUGGUCAUCUGACUUGGGAGUUAUUGGUUGAAAGCUCGCUAUAAGGGUCAUUUAGAAAGCUUAAUAGAGUGAGGUCUUGCACAUAAGAUGUAAAUGUUGUAAAAAAAAAAAAAAAUUAUCUACUCCUAGGUUUUGAGCUGCUUAGUAGUAACUAGGGUUGACAGUAUACUCUUGCAUCAUCUUUCACGUCAAAUUGUAGUUCAAAAUAUGAGUAAAGAUUGUGCUGUUAUUUGUAAUUUUGGGAUUGAGAGAACUAGUGGGUUUGAUUGUCUGGUGGAUGUUAGUAUGCCGAAGUAUUAAAAAUAAGGGAGAAUCUUCACAGACCAAGGUAGUACUAUUAUUGGCUAGGCUUAACAAAACCUAAGUAAGAAAGAAAAGAGUGAUUGAGAGCGCCCUUAGAGUACCUAGGGCUUGAGUGAAAAGACUAAGUUUUGGGGGUGGAGUGUAUAUCACGAGUAGGAAAAUAUUUAGCCAUGUAGGCACAGAUCGCGUGUUUGAAGGCACUUGGAGCGAAAAUGACGAUGUUAGCGCAUAUUUGGAGCUAACUCAGGAUUGAAGGCAUGGAACGUAUAGUCGAGAUUGAUGUCGAUGAACCCACAAAGAGUCGAGCGUAAAGUUGAAGAGUUGGGAAGUCAAGAAGAAAGGACUUGCAGUCUUAUUGCAACAUGCAUAUUGUGGUAGGGCUGUGGUUGCAAGAGUAUUCUACGACUCACGGUUCUGUCGCAGAAUGCAUUCCGUGGUGGGAUUUACUUACUGUGGCUCAUGGUCUUAUCACGGGAAGCAUUUUGUGGUAAGACUGCGACAGGGCACAAAACUUGGUAAAAGUAUCGUUUUGAGCCCGUUUCCUUCCAAAUCGAAUGGGAAUUGACUUCUUCAAGGGGCACGACUUUGAAAACCUAAAAAAGACUACUUAAAGGCUGAUUCUUGGAGGAUUAGCUAUGUUUUGGCUAGAGACAAAGUGAAGCUUGAAGGAGGAAGAAGAAGAUUUUUGGAGAACUCAAGUUUUGGUUUUAUUUUUCUAUUCUUUUUUCUAUCCUACAUCAUGACUUUCAUUUUUAUGGUUCCUCCAUUGAUGGAAAGCUUGUUGGGCUGGGUGUUUUAUAGUUAGGGUGAAUGAUGAAACCUUGUUCGUUGUUGGUUUAAUUCAAAUUUAUUUGGUUUUUGCUGUAUUUUUUUUAUGUUUGGGUUGAUUGUUUAUUAUACUCUUAUUUUGUUUUGAUGCUUGGCUACCAUUAAAGCGUGUUUGUGAUUUAUAUUACUUUCGAGAGAUUCAAUAUGAAUUAGCACAUGGUAAUAAAUAACAUAAGAUUCGAUAAUAGGUAGGGAUACCGUUAUGCCUUGUGAAAUCGUAUGAGAUGAUUAAUGAGGAUGAAUGCAUGCUUAUAUAUUCGUAGGUUGAUUAGAGAUAAUUAAUAUCAUAUAUAGGCAUAGAUUUGAAUGACCAUCGAGGGAGGCUUUUGGUUAUGAUAGGAUCAUUAAUUUUCAACCCAACACAAGAGGAAGCAAAUCCGAGUAAUGAAAGAUUAAAUCAUAUAAAUAACGAUGGUGGAUUCAUGAACCCUAGCGACUUCGAUUUCUGAGUUUCAAAACUAAGAGUUAUUUUUGUGUUUUUCCAAUUAGUGAUUUAGUUUUAGUUAUUUAAAUGCCAACUGUUAAUAACAUUAUUAACUGUGUGUGCUUCGUUGAAGUUGAGAGUGGUUAAAGUAGGAAUCAUUAGCCAAUCCUUGUGAGAAUAAUACUCUAUUUAUUACUGUAUUACUUGUUACGAUCUGUCUACUUACAGGAUAAAAUAGGCGGACAGUAGGUACAAUUUCCUUUCCAAAUUUAAUGUUAGAAAAUGUAUUAUUUGUUGAAGGUCUAAAGCAUAAUUUGCUUAGUAUAAGUCAAUUAUGUGAUAAAGGUUAAGUAUGUUUUGGUUCAAAUACAUGUGAAGUAAUAUGCUUGAAAUCAAAUGAAUCCAAAUUGGUGGGAAACAGGAUGGGAAUUGUAUAUGUAGUAUAUUUAGACAUCUCACCUUCAAAUAUUGAAAUUGCUAAAAUUUCUUGGCUAUGGCACAAUAAGUUAGGACAUGCUAGUAUGCACAUGUGGAUCACAUGCGCGCAACUGUUAACAUCUCAAUGGAGUGAGGUAACAGUUACUUCAGUUUUUCAUUUUGAUGCUUUCAUUUUGCAUAAGGUUGUUUAUACCAUGUCUUGUAAGGGUCAUUUUGUAUCAUUUAUGCUUCAUGUAUGUGUGUUUUUGAAAAUGUUUUGAAAAUCACUGUGACUCAUUUGCUUGAUACACUAAGUGUUGGUCCAUUCUAACAGUGGUAUCAGAGGCUCGACUCAGUAUUUUCUGCCUGUGUAGUGUAUUUGUGUGAUAUCUUGCUUGUUUCGGACAUGGAUUUGCUUGCUAUUUUUCUACAAGUUUGCAGAGACUAUUGAUCGUUUGUUCGAACUAUUGAUCGUUUCUGGUGCAUCACCCUGAGAAAUAGUCGAUAAUUUUUGAAAUGGGUUAACAAUUUUGGGAAACCUAGAAAAUGAGUUGACUUGUUUUAGAAACUAUUGACUGGUCUUGGCAAACCCACUAAAAAUAGUUAACAAUUUUUUGAGGACAAUCGACUGUUUGGAUUGCAGUGGGAGAACUAUCGAUUGUUUUGAGAAAUUGAUCGACCAUUUUCUAAAGCUACUUGAAAACUUUCGACAAUUGUGAACAUUGUCACUUGGCUGGUUGCGAUUAAUGGUGGAUGUUCGAAUGCGACGAGAUUGUAUUGUGUGACAGAACCAAAAAUAUGUAACAUGAGAUGUUAUUGGUUCGAAGAGUGGCAUAUAUUACAUGAAUACGAAUUAUCUAUUUUAAUGCAUCAUUGUUCAUGUGAUUGAAUGGGUGAUCAUGAACUAGAUUCAAUUCUCUGCAGUGGUUACAUCUGCACCACACCCCAUGGAACGAAGAUGCUUUUCCAUAGAAAGCAUCUAAUUCUCUGCAGCGAUUACAUCUGGCCCGCCAUGAAAUUCAAGUGGCGUCAAUGCUAUGAAAUUUUUCAACAACUAGCCAUUGUCAUUACUUCCCAUCCCUUGGGCCAUUAAAUUCCUUGCUGGUUCUGCCAUAAAACCUUCAUUACCCCUAACUAUGUUGCAUGGAAACGGAAACGGGAAACGUUUUCAACGGGAAAUGGAAAUGUGGAAACAUACAUUUUUCUAAAAAAAAGGCAUAAAUAUGGUCCGAAACGGGAACGGGAAACGUUUCGAAAACGGGAAAACGACUCCUAUGAGAUGUUUCCGUGCAACAUAGACCCCUAGCUCCUUGUUACGCCUGAUCCUGCCUAGGCUGAUUGACAGUUAACCAAUUUAUCGCUUGUAAUAUACCUGCCAAGGUGCCUUGCAGCUCGACCAUCCCUUGGUGCAACUCCCCACUAGAUCCCUCAGACGUGUCUGAUGCCAUCUUAGAUGCUGCAUCGGGAACAACUGCAGCUCUCUCACGUCCCCUAGUCCAUGGUUGUCCUCGGCGUGCACUCAUAGUCUUGCCCAAUCAACAUAAUUAGGACACCAUUCCAUAACCUAUAAUUCUUAGCAUUUCUAACAUCUAACCAUAAGACACGAGCCCUAACUCAACCCAAGGUCCUAUGUGUGCGAGGUCACUUCUCAACCUGCUUUGAUACCAACUUGUAACACCCCUCCCCCGAGCCUACCCGACUCGCCAAGAAAACCAAGAGAGGGAGUGUUAGCGGAACCAUAAAAGAUUUGAGAGCCAUAUAAACAAACAUUCGUGAACCUAAGAAAUUGCCAUUCAUACAUGCCAUUCCAUCCAAAUCUCUUUCAUUUAAGAUUUCAAAACAUACAUAGAGUAUUUACAUUACAUGCCAAAACAUUAGUCUCAUUUUUUACUAUUACAUGCACCAUGAAGGAAGCAAAAGCAUAUACAAUAUACAUGAACUUCUUAGAAUCUGCUCCCACGAUCUUUUGGCCUGAGAGUGUCCCGAGACACACAUCUAACCAUUCGCACUACUAGGAUUCUUCCCAGCUAACCCUUUCUGUUUACUUGGAAUGGUGAGGAAUACAAGUAUGAGUCCAAGGCUCAGCAAACAUUAAGCAAUAAAAGAACAUAGUUGAAAAUACGACAUGAAAAAUGUUUGGUGGGAUAUUCGAUAUAUGCGGGAUAAACCAUUUACAUAAGUUCCACUCACCCACUCAUGAUACAUCAUGCUAUAACAUACCAUACGUCAUGCAAGCACAUGCUGGUAAACAUAUAUGGCUAAUCGGCCCACAUAGAUAUAAUACAUACCGGCCUGUUUCUGAAUAUCUGCAAUCUGCGAAACAAUAACAAGUCGUAGGGCCCACAGAACCUCACCCAUGGUUGUCACAAUGGGCACGCCCCCAGGUCGUCACCCAUAAAGCGUAAACCCCAGUCAGACAUGAGCCUAUUGGUUUUGGGGGAAAUAUCCUGUGGAAACAUUAGCCUCUCGCGCAAUAACUUUCCAUGCCAUGCAAUGCAUCACUUUCAUGCUCACAUAUAUAAAUGCUCAUGUAACAAUUACAAAUUCGUGAUUAAUGCUCACGCAUGCCCAAUAUAGAUAUCAUUAUGUUUGCCCCGUGUCAUGCCUGUGAUGCACAUAUACCACACAUUUCAAGUCAUGCCUCAUUAAAGGUUUACAUUUAUGGUAUCAUAGACUUUUUCUCUUGAUAAGCAAGGCUAAAUUUCUUCUUUUGUCCUAUUUAAAGGUUGAUAAAACUUGGAAUCAUGAUAAGAUUAAAUUUGGGGUCAAUCGGAACAUUUCCCUAAAUUGUUGCCAAAUUAGUCGACUAAGGGUGUAGAUGAGUCGACUAGAGGUUAGGUUUCGUCGACUCUCGAGUUAGCUUAGUCAACUAGACCAAGAACUGGUUUUUUGGAUUGGACUUCAGGGGAUUGAUUAGUCGAUUGAACAAAGGCUGCAUUUUUGGAUAGUCAACUCACGGUAAGUUGACUAAAGCAUUCUUAAGUCGACUAGACACAAUUAGUUGACUAAAAUUGGGCUAAGUCGACUAUUCAAGCUACAAGACUCCAAAAUGAAGUAGGAAACAAGCAUGGAAGAGGCCAAAUCUUUCACCAUGCUCUACUUAGACAAGAAUCACCAUUCCUUGAAAAAAAAUUGGGGGUGAGACAAACCUCAACUAGCUCACAACAAAGGUUUCAAAAGGAUUUAAAACCUAGAAUUUAACAAUCACAACCCACAACCCUUUUUACCCUUAAUACCUUGAGUUUCUUUCCAAAACCCAUACCAUCACUUGAAUCCCCCAUAUUGGUAACUUUACACAUAUCUCAUUUCUCUCUUCAAAACCCCCAAACCAAAUCCCCAAAAGAAACUUUAAUGCUUAAAAGAAAUGGAAGGGAGAGAAGGAACUUGCCUUGUCUACUCCUUUCUCUAAUGCUUGAUGGAUUGAGAGCCUUUAGAAAGGAAGAGAUUUGCUUAAGAAUUGAAGAAGAAAGGUUGGAUCUUGGAAGGGAAGAGGCCCAUGAGAGACUCCUUGCCAAAUGCUUCAUUUCUUUCCAUUUUGAGAUUUUUUUUCCCUUUUUAAAUUUUUCUACUAAUUUUCUUUACUUUUGCUAAUUUCUUUCCACCACACAACUUUCCCCUUUUUACACUUAUGAUUACCUCUAAAAUGAGACCAUUACCCCUACUCCAUGCUUCUAGAUGGUCUUCCCUUAGCCCUUAAGUUUUGACUCCUACUCUCACCAACUCUAUGCUUUUAGAAGCCAUCUUCACUUGCCUUUCCAAGCCUCGAGAACUUCACUUUUUCCACUCUCAUUUGGCUAUUUUGAUUUUUCAAACUUCUCCUUGCUUGACUUUUUCACACCUCCCAUUUCCUCUUUUUGACUCUAGACUUUUCCACCAAGCUCUCAUCUACAUCCUUUGAAUUUUCAACUACAUUUAGACUAACUCAAAAUUUACCAUCCCCACAUUUUUCUCAAAUAAUAUUUACAUUAAUUGUUGGAAGUAAUUUAAAUAAGGAAUUGACAUACCUAGCUUUUCGGACAAAAUCAUUGAUUUCCUGAGCAACCAUCACUAACUCCCAAUACAUGACAAUAAUUAAAUUAGGUUUUUUAGAUCGAAUAUUUGGAUAAUUAGAUUACCAAAGAAAAUCAGGGUGUUACAGUAUGUUGUUGAGAAAUUUGUAUUUUGAUUUAUAGCAGUGUUCUAAAACUCGGGCUGGGCGGCCGCCAGCCGCGGCGCUUUUGGGGGAGGCUGCCCAUUUAGGCGGCCCCCCGACUAGGCGGUUCCAGGCGUGCCUAGGCGGCCGCCUAGCCACCAGUCGCAGCCCUAGGCGGCCUCCGCCCCCCACACUUUUCUUCAGCUAAGCGCGUAGAUCGUUUUUAGGGUUUACAUUUCAUUUCAGAUUUCCCCCCCUCCUCUCUCUCUCGCCUCUCGUUGUCUCAUCUUGGUGCGUCGCCGGUUGCUCCCCUCCUCGCAGUCGCCGGACCCGCCGCUGCUGCUCGCUGGAACGACGACCUGUCUGGCCGCCUCUUUCACCACACCACCUCUCUCACCGAGCAACCUCUCUGGUCGCCUCUCUCACCGGCCACCGCACCGCCUCUCUCACCGGCCGCCGACCGCGUCCCUCGCCGCCGACCGCCUCCUCUGUGUUCUGCCACCGCCGAGCCCCUUUCUCUCUCAAUCCGCCGCCUUCAAGCUAACAGUCUAACAGUAUGUACUAUGUAUUAUUGUAUUUAAAACUAUUUAUUAACCAUCAUCUAUGAUUUUCAGAUUUAUUAACCAUGUCUUUCACUAGCAAUGUUUAGAUUUUAUCUUCCACAUGAUUUUGAUUUUCAGUUUCAGAUUUGUGUUAGGCUAUUAGCAAUGUUAAGUUCCUGUGUUAGGUUGUUAGUUUUGAUUUUCAGAUUUGUGUUAAGCUGUUAGCAAUGAUUUUCAGAUUUGAUUUUCAGAUUUUGUCUUCCACAUGAUUUUCAGAUUUGAUUUUGACUUCCACAUGAUUUUCAGAUUUGAUUUUGUUCAGUUUAAGUGAUGUCUGGAACGGGGAGUACGGAAGCAUCGUCCGCUACCGUCUCAAUUCUUAAAAGGAAGUCAAAUGAUGUGGGGUGGGAGUAUGAGAUGUUAAUUGAUCCCAAGAAUAUGGACAAAGUCAAAUGCAAGUUAUGCAGUAAGGUGAUGUCUGGCGGUGUUUACCGAGUUAAAGAACACAUUGGCCAUAUUUCUGGAAAUGUGUCUGCAUGUCCAAAAGCUUCUCCAGAUGAUAGAGCCAAAUGCAAGAAUGCAAUUGAGGAGGCAAGGAAUAAAAAGAAGAAUAAGAAAAAGGAAGAAGAUCUGAUGAGAUCAACAGUCAAUAUUUCUGAAAAGGGGGAAGGGAAUGGCGAUGAUGAAUUGCAAGAAUUAGGGAGUAAUAACCCACCCCGCACACUUGGCCCUAUGGAUAAAUUUGCAAGCUCCAUCAGCCCUGAAGCUGGUUCAAGUGUAAAAAUGACACAAAGACAACAAAAUAUCAAUGAAGCACUCUUUAAAGAGAGGACACAGACAGUUCGUGAAUAUUGUGCUAGGUGGGUCUAUGAGCACGCUAUUCCUUUCAAUGCCAUUGAUAAUGACAGUUUCAAGUUGUUUGUUGAGGUAGUUGGUCAAUUUGGGCCAGGCUUCAAUCCUCCUAGUCAAUACCAGUUGAGGGAAACGUUGCUAAAGGGGAAAGUUGACAGGAUGAAAGGUUUGUUAAAGAAGCAUGAAGAAGAGUGGGCAAGAAAUGGGUGCUCCAUUAUGACAGAUGCUUGGAGUGAUAGAAAAAGAAGGAGCAUCAUGAACUUAUGUGUUAAUUCUAAUGCCGGUACUGCUUUCCUUUCUUCUAAAGAAUCUUCAGAGGAGGCACAUACAAGUGAACUCAUUUUUGAGUAUGUGGACAAAUGCAUUGAGCAAGUUGGGCCACAAAAUGUUGUCCAAGUGGUAACUGACAAUGCUGCCAACAAUAUGGGAGCGGCAAAGUUAUUGAAGGUGAAGAGACCCAAUAUCUUUUGGACAUCAUGUGCUACUCACACCAUCAAUUUAAUGCUUGAAAGCAUUGGAAAACUGCCAAGGUACAAAAAAGUCAUUGAUCAAGCCAAGAGUUUGACAAUCUUUAUUUAUGUACAUCAUAAGACCUUAUCCUUAAUGAGGUCAUUUACAAAGAAGAGGGAUAUAGUGAGACCAGGUGUCACUAGAUUUGCUUCUUCUUUCCUUACUCUACAAAGUUUAAUGGAGAAAAAGAGCCAAUUGAGGGCAAUGUUUACUAGCUCUGAGUGGGAGGAGUGCAAGUGGUCAAAGACUGUUAAAGGGAAAGCAGCCUAUGCAACUGUGUUAAGUAUUGCUUUCUGGAAUGGUGUGACUAUAUGUCUUAAGGUUUUUGCACCUUUGGUGAAAGUGCUUCGAAUUGUUGAUGCAGAUAAGAAGCCUUCUAUGGGCUUUUUAUAUGGAGAGAUUAAUCAGGCAAAAAAGGAUAUUAAGGAGGCCCUAAACAAUCUUGAAAAGAACUAUUUGCCUAUUAUGGAAAUUAUUGAUACAAGAGUGAAAGAUAGGCUAGAUAGUCCAUUGCCUUUUGCGGCUUACCUUUUGAAUCCAUAUUAUUUGUUCAAAGAUAUGGAUAUGCAAUUUGAUAAUGAACUGAUGGAUGAGUUUUUUAAUGCUGUGGAGAUGUUUUUUUAUGGUGAUGAUCGCAUGCAAGGGCAUAUUUUAAAUGUUGAGUUGCCAAAAUAUACUUGCAAAGAAGGAGUUUUUGGAAAGUCAUGGGCAAUUCAAGGGUGUGCAACAAAUGAUGAUAAUUAUAACCCAGUUAAAUGGUGGAUGACUUAUGGAAAUCAAACACCAAACUUGCAACGAAUGGCGAGAAGGAUCCUCUCGUUAACUAGUAGUUCAUCCGGUUGUGAAAGAAAUUGGAGUACUUUUGAAGGGAUACAUACGAAGAAAAGAAAUAGACUAGAUGUUAAUCGAUUGAACAAUCUAGUCUUUGUCCAAUUUAAUGCAAAACUGAUGAACAAGCAAAAAAGGGAGAAGGAGAGGAAUGUUGAUGUGCUACUUGCUAGUGAUGCUAGUAAUGCACAAGGAUGGAUCGUUGAUGGAGAAGAUGAGAGAACUUCAUGAAGAUGAUUUUCAAUCAGAAGAAGAAGAUGAACAAGAGCAUCAUGAAUUUGAUUUUGAGUCUGAUGAAGAUCGUGUGCUAGAAGAAUAUGGAGAGGAAGAAGAAGAAAUCCACUAAGAUAACUAGAUAUUACUUAGAUUCUUCAUAUAUGUUUUAAUGUUUAUGUUGUAUUAUUGUUAUUUUUGUCAUCUUAACCUUAGU